AUGGCAACUCUGCAAGAGGUCGUGGCAGAGACGGCAGAGACUAAGGAGUACUCGGUGCCGGCGUCGUUCGAGAAUCACACUCAGAACAUCGAACUCGAUACACUACCCUCAUUGCCUCCUACAGCCUCACCAUCCGACCUGGAGCAAACCUUUCACGAGAAUACUGACACAACUGUUACCAGGAAUGAGAUAUCUCAUGCACCAGUUGACGGAGGACUUGAGGCGUGGUCUUUCUUGGCUGCUGCGUUCGCCGUAGACGCUAUUGUCUGGAGUUUCCCUUUCGCCUUCGGGGUUUUCCUCUCCGUAUACCUCAAGGAUCCGAGGUGGAUUUCCCAGAAGCACGCGUAUACUCUGUUGCCCUUGACGGGGACGUUGUCCACCGGACUCAUCUACUGCUCAGGUGCAUUCAUCAAUCCUCUUCUGGGACGAUAUCCCCAGUAUCGCAGGAUGGCGAUUUGGUGUGGCGCUGUGAUAUGUGGCUCUAGCUUGCUUGCGGCUAGCUUUGCGUCAGAUGUGAUUUACCUUGUUGUGACUCAAGGCUGUCUUUAUGGAAUUGGGGGUGGGCUCACUUAUUAUCCGACUCUUUCUUUCAUGCAAGAAUGGUUUGUCAGGCGACGAGGUCUCGCGAACGGAGUCAUGUUUACCGGCACCUCCAUAGUCGGCCUCUUUCUUCCCCUCGUCCUCCCUCGUAUCAUCAGUUCUCACGGAACCUCUUUAACGCUUCGCUAUUUUGCCAUAUCAAUAUUCGUCGCCCUUGCCGUCGUCGUACCAUUCAUCAAGCCACGCCUUCCGGUGCAGACAGUGCAUGGUCCUAGAACGCGCUCCUCGGAGAAGCCUUGGCUCAAAAAUUGGACGUGGUGGUUUGUACUUCUCAUGAACACGGUGCAAGGUUUUGCGCAUUUUGUCCCGGUCGUUUGGUUGCCUACGUAUACUUCUGCCCUGAACGCCUCUGCAUCAACCGCCUCUCUUUCCCUCGCACUUCUCAACGCUGCAACUGCUAUAGGUCAAUUCUCCAUGGGACUUUUGUCCGACCAUUUCUCUCCUUGGCCUCUUGCUGCAAUCACCCUAUCCUGCUGCUCUUUGGCGACAUUUAUUCUGUGGGGAGUUGCAGGAUACGCCGUCGCAGGGAUACUCGUGUAUGGUACAUGCUUCGGGAUCCUAGUAGGCGGUUUCAGUUCGCUCUAUACCGGCUUCGUCAAACCUAUUGCUAAGGACGACACCUUGCUUUCCGUUCAACUGUUCGGCUUGCUUCUGUUUAGCAGGGGGCUCGGAAACGUACUUUCGACCCCGAUAUCAACAGCUUUGUCGGCGUCCACGCACAUUAUCGCACACCAAAGAACUGGAUUCGAUGUCGAUGGCGGGAGGUACGAGAAGAUGAUCAUAUACGUGGGCUCAUGUCUUGCUGGUGCGGCUGUUGUGGCGCUUGGAGGAUGGAUGAGAGAGAGAAUAGGUCGAUGA